AAACCUACUUCGAUUCCUCCACCUCCAUAGACCACAACUUUUAACCUUUUUCCCAACCCUUUUUACAUUCUUAAUUAUAUCAAUCCACCAAAGUUUCGCCCUUCUAUGACAGGGAGUUACAGGUUCCUCCAAUCUAAAACAACCCCAUCAUCUUUAUAGAUUUCCUCGAUUUGGGUUUGAGAAAUCCCAGUCAAACUCUGUUUUUCCUCGAACUAGUAGUUGAUUUUUGGUGAUUUUUAACCAAAACCCACCAGUCAAACCAAUUCAAGAUUGGAUUUUUCUUGGCUUAAUUUCUUGUGAAGUUUCUUUUUUGUUCCUGACCAAGCGAUUCAAGGUUCUCGAUUGGAUUUUCAAGGAGAUGAAUUUCAGGAGCAUGGAGGAGUUUUGGGCCUAUUAUGUGACUCAACACUCCAAACGAUCAACAAGAAGGUGGCACUUUACCGGCACGCUCUUGAGUAUUGUGUUGUUUAUAUAUUCUUUGUUGUUCAAUUGGUGGUUCGUGGUGUUUGUGCCGAUAUGUGGCUAUGGGAUUGCCUGGUACAGUCAUUUCUUUGUGGAAGGGAAUGUGCCUGCCACUUUUGGGCAUCCGGUUUGGUCCUUUUUGUGUGAUUUCAGGAUGUUUGGAUUGAUGCUUACUGGGAAAAUGGAUAGGGAGAUCAAGAGGCUUGGAAAGAGACCUAUAUUAAACGGCUUCUAAAGGGUUCUUAUGCAGAACUUUUGUUUUUUGCCUGUUUAAUUCACAUGAUACAGUUGCUUGUAUUUUACAUUUCUUUGUUUACGAUGCUGUGAACUAUAGUUAAAACUCAUGUUUUACAUCUUGCUUCUGAAACUGUUUAGUUCACUUUUCUUGAGUUUAUGCUGAAUAAUCGAGUAUAAUUCAUUGAGACUCAGCUGGAUGAUUAUUGGUGUAGAAUUCUUGUAUUUUGGCUUUCUGAGUGAUGGGUUGAACAAUUUUGGGUAA